AUGGAGCCACGACUGCAUGCGCUACGGGAUAUGUCGAGCCAGAGUAGCAUGCCGUUCAUUACAGAGGCACCGAACAUGAGCUCCUCUGGCUCGCAAAGACCAUCGCACCAUCCUGAUCAUAGCUUCGUACGCCCAAAAUCGCUCAUGCUGGCGAACACCUCUCCAGAAAACGCUCAGUUGAACGACGUCCGAAGAGACGGCCAAGAGAGGUCACAUCCCACACGGUCGAUGCCUAGUGCACCGAUCGCACAGGUAUUGAAUAACGAGGCGAAUGUGCUUGGGGCUGCACAGCCCGUACCAUCGACAUUUGCCUCAUCAACGACGCCCUUCAGUGGAAGACUAGUUGACUUGCUUUUGGAUAGUCCGGACCAUGCGAGGCAAAAGUGGGAUCAUGAACACCAGUUUCUUCAGCCUGAAAAUGCAGGAAGCAGUCCAUCUGUCAUCAAACUACCGAGGUUACCGCAACCUCCUAAGAGGACGGCAAAACGACCCAGAAUUCCGCCAUUGCUACAGGGCUUGCAUCAGCCUCCUCCGCUCCCGCCUGAGGGCAGACUUUUCCCACCGAUUACUGGGGAAAAGAAUGCAUUUGCAGGUGAGAGAGGUUAUGAUGCGCGUUUCGAAGAGUCAAGGAACAAGGACGUGGACGAACACGCUUUUCUCGAAGGCAGUGCGUUGGACUAUAGCAGAACUACCCAAAACUCUGAUCACCCAUUAGUUUCUCAACUGGCCGCCCAGCCUAACGCACCAGACGUGGCCCAUGAGACCAAUGUAGCAACCAACAAUACCAUAAGCACCCAGGCACCGCCCCAGACCAAGCGUGGGAAGAAACGCAACAAAUGGUCUGAGCAAGAGACCAAAGACUUGCUUGUAGGCGUCAGCAGGUAUGGUAUAGGGAAUUGGAAAAAGAUAUUGCAGGAUCCAGACUUUGGAUUUAACAAUCGCACGGCCGUUGAUCUCAAAGACCGUUUCCGAGUGUGCUGCCCGGGUGAAGGUCUAAAGCCACGGCAGCCUAAGACGAAAGGAAAAGAGAAAGUGGACUUGGAAAACACAGCCUUUGAUCUACCAAACCAAGCUAUAUAUACCCACCAGCACUCUCUUCCUGUCGGAGAACACAACAACGACAAUAACCUAGUUUCAAAUCCUCCCAGUCCAUCAGAAACUCAACAACGCGUGGCAACUCGUAACAAGACCACGACGCAUCUAGACCUAGCCGAGCUUGGAAUCCACGAACCAUUCUCAAAAGCCACACGUCGACCACGCCGAGCCUUUAGCGCACGCGACGAUGUCAAUCUGCUGAAGGGCUUUGAAAAGUACGGAUCUGUUUGGCAUCUGAUGCGUGACGAUGAGGAUCUGGAUUUUGGUUCUCGGCACCCCACAGACUUGCGCGAUCGUUUCAGAAUCCGGUAUCCGGACAAGUAUGCCAAAGCAGGAUACAAACUCAAAGCGAAAGAGAAGGAACGUACAUUAUCAAAACAGACGCAUGUCCCAGAGCAAGAGCGACAAGAUGGUCCGUCGCAGUUGGAGCAGGCUAUUUUGGAUCACAACACUCCACAGCACGCCAAAACAAGUCAUACGCAACAAGAAAUGACUACUGCAGCCAAAGAUAUGCACCCUUUCCACAACGUAUCAAACACAAACACGUCAUCUCAUUUCGCUACUUCCAGCAGCAACACCAGUAAUCCAAACUCAGCUUUGAAACACUUCAAUUCAUCAUCCUACCUCUCCGACCCCCUCCCCACACUCCCCUUUGACGAAGCGGAUCCCGAUCUCACACAAGACAUGGCCACCGCAGGCGACGAGAGCCCUAUAACACUGAGUCGAAAUAUCCUCCGGUGGGCCGAUGCGAAUCCCUCUUCGCUCUAUGCUUUCACACCUGCUGUUUCUUCUUCAUCAUCGUUGACGACGGCUGGGAAUGUACAUGGUGGUGGGCAUGGCAAUAAGGGGGAGGGAGGGGCUGGUGCGGGGUUGAGUGGGUAUGUGGGGGGUGCGGGAGGUCAGCAGCAGCAGAUGGAGGGAGGGAGGGGGACGGUGUUGCCUGAGGCGGAUAGUUGGCUUUUGGGCGGUGAGAGGGUCCAGGCGUUUGGGAUGUAUAGAUAUCGGUCUUGA